AGAGGAAAUGGCAUUGCUGGCUUAUGUAGAAUGAAGAAUAAAAGCUUUCUAGACCAGGUUUCAUUUUCUGCAAAUUGGUUAGGCUGCAAUGCUACACUGGCUUGGGAUGCUGAUUUUGUUUGGUGUGUGAUUUUGUAAGCUACUGUUGAACUCAAGAACUUUCUCUAAAAGUAAGCAUUGUACAUGAGCAGUGCCAAGGCAGUACUGGGACUGGAAAAAAAAGCUGGAUGUUGGAAGAAACUUAAAGGAACUGGAUUUAUGCUCUACAAACUGGAUUUAUUUUGCCUCCAAAGAAGUUUUACAAACCUUUGUUCUGAAGCAGAACACAUAAUAGGUUGCUCUAUUUGGAGAGCUCACAGUGACGAGAGUUCUAUGAAAAUGAACGUUGAUGCUUCAACCGGAUUAAUUCAUGAUGAAUUCAAGAUCCGAAAGAUUCAGAUCAGAAAGGACUAAACUAGACUUGAAUAAAUGCAAGUUAAAAACAAUCAGGUUUAUGAAAGAGAACAAACUCUUAAAUAGAUUGCAUGUUUUAUUGCUACAUGGGAAAAAACGUGAACAGAAAAUAAUAUGGAAUCAUAUUUUGUUCGUGUCUCAACAUAUUUAUUUUGUCUUAAUGAAUGCUCUUUAUUUUU